GCACACAGGUACAGAUGACUGGUGUUACCUGAGACGCACACAGCAGCUUCUCAGUCCGUCAGACUUACUUUUGGCUACAACAAGCUGGGAUAUUUUUUCGUUCGGGGUGAAGACAACACAGAGAGUGUCCACGUUUUACAAAUUGACCGUCCGAAAUGGAUUAACUCGAUUGUUCUUUUUAUGAAAAAAAAACAGCUGUCGACAUGUUUGGAUAAGAGCGCACCGACAGUGUGGAGUUAAACUUGACGGUCUUCAGCUGUCCGGAGAAUAAAAACCCUGUCCUUCCUGUGGGGUCUGUGGAUUCGUGUCUCAGCUGUAACUCACUGAAACGCCUCUUUUUCCCCCAGUCAGACACAUCCCUCUAUCAAACGGAUGAGCGCAGAGGAGCAGGAGCGGCUGCGCACCCUGUUUCGCACCUACGACGUAGACAACUCGGGCAGCAUCGAGAGGAACGAGUUUCUCACCAUCUGCUCCGAGCUGCAGGUGCCUGCGACCGAGGCGGACCGGAUAUUUGACCGGCUGGACGUGGACCAGAACGGAACCGUCACCCUGCAGGAGUUCAUCAUAGGCUUCAACGACCGAUACGGAGAGGAGAUGGAGUCUGACGGAGGAGACGUGUCCGUGGCGUGGGAGAACUUCGAAGUGAGGAUGGGCGAGCAGGCCAAGUACAUCCCCAGGCAUGAACAAGCUUCGACGCUGUACCAGAACAUCAGUCUGACGGAGCCCAGGCUGAUCCCUCAGCUGGAGAAAGUCAUCAUGAACUUCACCAAAGAGAUCAAGCAGCAGAACUCAGAGAUGGAGAACCUCGCCCUCGCCAUCAAACGAGCGCAGGACCAGGCCUCGAUGCAGCUCAGUGAGAUGGAGGAGGAGAUGGACCAACGUAUUCAUGCUGCUGAGAGGAAAACACGAGAGCAGGAGAAGAAGAAAACCGAGGCGGCACUGAGUGAGCUACAGAGAGGUUUUGAAAAUGAUAUAUGUGAGCUGCAGUGUAAGAUCCAGAGGAUGCAAAUGAUUGAAGAGAAGUACAAAAACAUCACAGUGAAAGACGAGAGCCCAGCUUUGAAAAAGAAGAUCAACGAGCUGACGCUGGACAACCAGAAGUUAAAACAGGAGCUGAUGAAAUCUCAGACCAAAGUGGCGUGUCUUCGUAGUGAGAUGGACUCGCUGCAGACAGAACUAACAGAUCAAAGCAUCACCUCUGAACGAGACGAGGAGCUCAUGAAACAUUUCUCUGAUGAGCGAGACGUCCUAGAGAGUCAGAUCGAGAUCCUGCAGACAGCCAACAGGAAACUCCACGACAGUAAUGAUGGUCUGAGGACCGCUCUGGAGAGGAUCACCAGGUCUAAUACUGCUGGGUCACCAGGAGAGAUAAAGAGCAGAAACAGAAGUAAAAGCAUCUGCUACACAUCAUCGCAUGCAUUAAUGGAUAGGUUCUGCCAGCGUAUGGACGACUUCCCUCUGUACAGCCGCCGGCCCAGCUGUGACACGCUGGCGUUGGCCAUGUGUGACCCCGGCUUGAAGCGCAGAAACAGCAGUGAGUGUGAGGAGGACAGCCUGCCUGAAGUCUACAUGGACAGCGGCCUGUCUACGCUCAGAAGCUCACACGAGGGCUACGACUCAGAGCCCGAGGUCAAAGGUCCAGAAGAAGAGGAAGAAGAGGAGGAAGUGAGGGAGGAGAGGAAGAAGGAGGACAGCAAAUAUAACGUGAUGGUGGAAAACUGUGACGCUGAGCUGGCAGAGACACAGGACGCUGAGUCAGCAAUCGGGUCGGACAGCAGCUCCAUUUUGGACUGGAAGCCGUCUGAAGUACCGAGUGUGGCCCCUGAAGUCCUGAGUGUGGCCCCUGAAGUCCUGAGCGUGGCCGAGGCUCCACCCCCAACUAAAAGAAAAGCACUCAGCGCCAUCAAUGUUCAGAAAGAGGAGAAAGACAGCACUGACCUGGGCUACAUGACGUCAGAGAAGGCCUACAGGAUCGUGUUGGCUGGAGAUGCUGCGGUGGGAAAAUCCAGCUUCCUGCUCCGCCUCUGCAAGAACGAAUUCAAAUUAAACACCAGCGCUACACUUGGGGUAGAUUUCCAGAUGAAGACACUCAUUGUGGACGGAGAAGCUGUUUUACUACAACUAUGGGAUACUGCUGGACAAGAGAGGUUUCGCAGCAUUGCAAAGUCUUAUUUCCGCCGGGCGGACGGCGUGCUGCUGCUGUACGACGUCACCUGUGAGAAGAGCUUCCUGAACGUUCGAGAGUGGGUGGACAUGAUUGAGGAUUUGUCCCAUGAGGAUAUUCCCAUCAUGCUCGUGGGUAAUAAAUCUGAUCUUAGAACAGAGGACGUUACCUGUGUUCCUACCAGCUAUGGAGAAAAACUGGCCAUGACCUACAACACUCUGUUCUGUGAAACUAGUGCCAAGGACGGUUCCAACACGGUGGAGGCUGUUCUACACCUGGCCAGGCAAGUAAUCAAACAGGCUACGUUUGAUGAUAAAGGUCACUAUCAGAAGCUCCCCAGCUUAGACGCUCCGAGGAAAAAGCCAAACUUCUCCUGCUGCAACUGAUCAAAUUCAUCAGAAUUCGAACGCGGCGGUGUCUUGAUGUGAACUCAGCCCAAGUGGGGAAAGGACUGCACAUGCAGACACUUGAUAAAAGAGAAAUGAGACAUUUAUUUACCUGCAGAGCUGCAGCAACAAGACACAAUCAUCACUGUUACUAACCCAAUGGAUCACAGCAGAAUAUCAACGGCUCCACGAGCGCCACUAUUUUGUUCAUCAACGUUUUUUAAACAUGAUGUAUUGUGUUACUGUGCAUGUUUAGGAUGCAUUUUUAUUGUGCUAUUGUCACACAUUUGCAUGAGGUCCUUCCACAUAUUUGUGUAUGAAUGCACCGUUUGCCCAGGCUGGUUGAAAAGUGAGUUCACAGUGAAAGAAAAAAGAAAGCAUGAAACGUGAAGACAGCAUGUGUGAGAAGGAUCUGCACGUGAGGAAUGUGAUUGGACAAGUUGUGUGCAUGUGAUGAAAGAUAGAGGGGCUGUUUUAGCAUCACAUGAAGGUUAGUCCACCAAACUAAGAAGAGUAGAUUCUUCAUGUUAUUAACCGCAGCAGUUAAGUGUUGGGUCAAAAGGGAUUGUGCAGUAUGAUGGUGGACAAGAAGAAAACAGAAGUUUAAUGUCUGCAUCGAGUUAUGGAAAAGCUAAACACACAGCUUGUGUGUAUACGAUGAACCCUGGUGCAAUAUGUUAUGGAGUGAGACUUUUUUAUAUAAAAUCACAACCCAUAUUUUCUACUUUAUAUUACCCCUACAGUGUUACACUUCUAUUCAACUGACUUCCCUUUUCAUACGCCCAGUUUGUAUGAGCAGGUUUGUAGUGGGAACCAAGUCCCUAUUUACGUUUAUGAUGUGUUAUGAUUGAUGAAAAUGAUAUGAGAGGUGAUUUAAAGCCCUUAAACUCAGAUUGUAAUUCAGUUUGAAUUCAUAUCCUGAUAAUAACGCCAUAUUAUCAACCUGAGGAACAGCAGUUUAUUAUUCUGUCAGUAUGCGUCACAUGAAAUGCUCAUUUGAUUUUCAAACAGCAUCGUUAUCUAAUCAUAGUAUUUCAGUAUGAUGACAGGCUUCCACCCUCCCCCCCUCCCCCAACACCCCCACCAGACGACUGAGUCUAUUUAAACAAAGUGUUAAAUACUUCAGUCGUCAACAAUGAUAAGAAGCACCUUUGAAGAAGCUGUGAUAAUUGAGGCUCACUGAAACCUCUGAAAUGUUGUUUUAGAGCCCAUGUGGUACUCAGUCUUACCUGUGAUGUCAUCACCUGACUUAAAGAGACUGGGUCCUUCAUCUGAGUCUGGAGGAGUAAAACGCUGAAGAACCUGCAGUUUCUCUUUACUGUGCAUGUGUCUAUGAAGGAAUUUGUAUCUUCAAUGGUAGAACUUUUAGCAUCCGUGUGUGUUAAUGUCACAAGAAAUAUCUGUUAAUGUAACUAACGCACACCUGAAAAUGAUUUUCUCAAUAAACUGUAGUCUUCUACUGUA